AUGGCUGUUCUGUCCAAGGAGUAUGGCUACGUCAUCCUGACGGGGGCUGCCAGCUUCAUCUUGGUCGGGUACCUCGCUGUGAAAGUGGGUAAAGCCCGCAAGAAGUACAAUGUGGAGUAUCCAACCAUGUACAGCACAGACCCUGAACACGGGCGGAUAUUCAACUGCAUCCAGCGUGCACACCAGAACACAUUGGAAGUUUACCCUGCUUUCCUGUUCUUCUUAGCCACUGGUGGACUCUACCACCCGCGGCUUGCCACAGGGCUUGGCAUCACCUGGAUCCUUGGGAGAGCCCUUUACGCCAACGGCUACUAUACGGGAGAUCCAAAAAAACGAAGUAGAGGGGCUUUUGGUUCACUUGCACUCCUUGGGCUGGUGGGCACAGGAGUAUAUUCAGCUUGCCAGCACCUCGGCUGGAUAUGUGAGAGACAAUGCAGAUCAUUGUGA